AUGUCGAGCGAAUAUUUUAGAGGACUGGACAACAGUGCACAGCAGCGCUACCAAGACAAGCUGUCCUUCGAAGGCCAGCAGCUGCCGGACCCGUUGGACGACGAUGUCGUGCAAUAUUCUUUUUCGGCGAGCCCGAGAAACUUUCCGCCUGUCACAGCAGCGGAUAUUUUCAUGUAUUUAGUGGAGGGCGUUUGCUUCUACACAAAAGAACAGUUUAAGAACCACAAACUGAGUGAUGCUUACAAUGCAUUCCUGAGUGGGAAAGUUAAGCGUGUAAUGUCGUUCAAGGCAGGCAAGCGCGGAGUCGGCGUCGUCAUCUUAACAGCAUCUGUGGAGGCCAGCCAGCUGCUUUCGAAGACAUACCGACCGUGGUGCGUCGUCAAAGACGACGGCACUGUUGUAAGCGCUCACUGCACGUGCAUAGCAGGACUUGGAGAAUGCUGCACACACGUGGCUGCCCUAUUAUUCAACAUAGAAGCAGCCAUAAAAUAUGGGCUGAAUGACCCGUCUCCAACUGAGACAGCGUGCAGGUGGUCUGAGGUAUCCAGGAAAUCUAUGGUGGCACCAGUCAGCGAGAUAAAUUUUUUCAAGGCAAAGCCUGGACAACAAGUUCCUGAACCUGCCCCAAGGCAACAAGGGUCUAUUCCAACAUGGAGCUCUGAUAAAAUACACAGCUUCUUGCAGCACGUCAAGACAUUUGCCCCCAGCACACUUGUGUUGAGUUGCAUAACAGACAGUGAAAGUACGGAUUCUUCUCCUGAGGACUGCUGCAGAAGAAAGGAAGACCAACCACCAGCACUAUUCAUCGCGAUCAGCAAUAGAUGA